AUGAAGAAGCUUGGAUUCUUGUACAGCAAUCUGAAAGGAAAUAUUCCUACAGGAAUAGGCACUCUUCAGAGUUUGAAACUGUUGUCCUUAGGAUUCAAUAAACUCAAUGGAUCCAAUGUGCUCUCUAUAUUCAACAUCUCAACACUUGAAAUUUUGGAUCUCAGAAAUGCUGGUUUAACUGGCACAAUUCCUAAUGAGAUUGGUCAUCUUCAUAACUUGAAGAAAUUCGGCAUAGAACAAAAUGCAUUAGCAGACUCAAUCCCUUUAACCAUAUUCAAUAUUUCAUCACUUCAAGUUUUAUCAAUAUGGGACAAUAAGCUUGAAGGGCCUCUACCAAGAGAGGUUGGAAAUUUAACUAUGCUUAACCUACUUGAUCUUGGAAUUAAUAACUUGACAGGUAUGAUUCCAGAUGAAAUCGGUAACCUUCAAGAGUUGUUGGAUCUUCAGUUGGAUUCCAAUAACUUUAGUGGGUCGAUCCCUAUUAGUAAUAUCUCAACUCUUGCAUCUAUUUCACUCACAGAUAACCACAUUUCAGGUUAUCUUGAUUACAAUAACUUCACUGCUAGCAUACCUUCAACUCUAUGGAACCUCAAAGACAUUUUGAAGAAGAACUUGUCUUCAAAUUUCUUCAAUGGUUCUCUAGCACUAGAAGUUGGAAACCUACAGGCUGCAAUGCUCCCAGAUCUUUCCUGGGAUCAAAUCUCAGAAAGGCCAGGUAAUGGCUUCUGCAAAUUUUCUUCAUUUGCCAACAAAUUUUCCAACUAUGAUAAGUCAGAAAAUCUAAAGGUUUUGCAUCUUGGUGAUAACAACAUUGGUGGAGUUAUACCCAGCUCAAUCUCAAAUUCUUCAAAUCUGAAGGAGUUAAGGCUUUAUGAUAACAAAUUCAGUGGCCCCAUUCCUAACUCUUUGGGGAAUUUGAGACAACUUAAACUUUUGAAACUGUUUAACAAUUGUUUAUCAUCUCUAGACUCAAGUAUCUUUACUUCUUUGGCGAACUGCAGAUCUUUGAUACAUAUAGAUUUUUCAUAUAAUCCUCUAAAUGGUGUUCUUCCAGAUUCCAUAUGCAAUCUGUCCACUUCUCUUGAACUAUUUUAUUUACAACAUUCUGAAAUGAGGGGAAACAUACCAUUAGGAAUUGAGAAUUUAAGUAACUUAAACACUUUGUUCCUAUUAGAAAAUAACUUGAAUGGAUCACUGCCAAGAACUUUCUGUAAUUUGCUCAAUCUUCAAGUGUUAGUACUUCACCAGAAUAGGUUAAUCAGACCAUUGCCCUACUGUCUUUGCCAAUUGCUAGAGUUAGGCUGGAUUGAUUUUUCAUAUAAUCAAUUAUCAGGUCCAAUACCGAAUUGCAUUGGCAGCGUCACCUCUUUGAGAAAUAUUUAUCUAAAUUCAAAUAGGCUCACAGACAUACCCAUGAGUUUAUGGAGCCUCAAAGAUCUUUUGGAUUUUGACUUGUCAAAUAAUUCUUUGGUUGGUUCUUUACCUCUUGAUUUUGGAAAUUUGAAUGCCAUAACAGCCAUAGAUCUAUCAAGGAAUUGCCUUUCAGGAAGUAUUCCAACCACUGUUGGAGACUUGUUGGAACUACUUCAUCUUUCUUUGGCUUAUAAUGAGUUACAAGGAUCUAUUCCGGAGUCACUCGGAAAAAUGAUAAGUUUGGAAUCGGCAAAUCUAUCCAAUAACAUUCUUUCAGUCAAGGAGAAGCAAAAUGCUUCUGAUUAUACUUUUGCCAUUGACAGUUUCAUUGAUGGGACUUGUCUCAAUCAUUGUGUUCAUGUUGAGGAGACCUAG